AUGGGUUGCAGCAGCAAGCGUCGCUGCCGCACUACCCCCGCCGGCGUCACCUCGUCGGCGGAACCGGACGCGUCAUUGUCCUGGGCGUCUAUGCAACCGGAUUUGGUCCGCCUGAUCGGGUGGCGGCUGCUGGAGACCAGCGACUUCCUAGACUACGUCCGCUUCCGCGCCGUCUGCCCUCACUGGCGCUGCAGCACCGUCUGCCCACGCGGCCGCGGCGUCGCCGACCCGCGCUUCCACCCGCGCCGGUGGAUGAUGCUGCCCGAGGGGCACGGCCUGCACCCUGGCCACGGCAAGCUAGGCAAGUACAUACGCUUCAUCAACCUCUCCACCGGCUCCAUCGUCCGCUCAAAGCUCCCGCUUUUCAGCGACCACUGCGUCCUCGACUCGGUCGACGGCCUCAUGCUCCUGCAACGCGACCAGGACACAGCCAUCCGCCUCCUCCAUCCGUUCACGGGUGACAUCGCAGAGCUCCCGCCUCUCAUCACCCUCUUGAGGCAGUUUAAGUUCCUAUUUUCGCCCACGGAAGACAGCCCUCAGACUAGACGCAUCUGGAGUAAAUUCAGAAAGGUCGGCUCUACCGCCGUCAGCGUGAGCGCAGACGGAGUCAUCACUGUCAUGAUCAUCAUCUCUGGUAUCAAAUGUUUAGCCGUUGCUACCGUCGGGGACCAGCAAUGGAGCGUCGCCCGCAGGAACCUCUCCUUCUCUCUGAAUCCAGUAUCACUCCAAGGCAGGAUAUACAUAUUGGAUCAUGUUUCCACCACAACACGGAUUUUCCAGAUUCUACCGCCCCGACACGAUGCAAAGGUCCCAGCUUCAUCUUCAGUUCCACCACUACCAGAGUUGAUUGCCACGGGUCCGCCAAGCGAACGUCCCAUAUCCUCCUACCUGGCGGAAUGUGACUCGGAGAUCCUCCUGAUUUGCUUGGGUCAUCCCAUCUUUUCGCGCAUUACAGUUUACAGACUUGCUGACCUUAUACUAGGCAGGUUUGUCCCUGUAACACGCAUCGGGGACAAUGUUCUCUUCGUCUCCGGAAGGAUUUUAAGUGUCAGCAGUAAGGUGCUACCCAAUGUUGAGGGCAACUCUCUUGUGAUGGCAUGA